UCGUAUCCUCCAGGACUCCAGUCCACAGAACCUCGUCUUCUCCAGGGCUCCAGUCCACAGUACCUCGUCUCGUCCAGGGCUCCAGUCCACAGUACCUCGUCUCCUCCAGGACUCCAGUCCACAGUACCUCGUCUCGUCCAGGACUCCAGUCCACAGUACCUCGUCUUCUCCAGGGCUCCAGUCCACAGUACCUCAUCUCCUCCAGGACUCCAGUCCACAGUACCUCGUGUCCUCCAGGACUCCAGUCCACAGUACCUCGUCUCCUCCAGGACUCCAGUCCACAGUACCUCGUCUCCUCCAGGACUCCAGUCCACAGUACCUCGUCUCCUCCAGGACUCCAGUCCACAGUACCUCGUCUCGUCCAGGACUCCAGUCCACAGUACCUCGUCUUCUCCAGGGCUCCAGUCCACAGUACCUCGUCUCCUCCAGGACUCCAGUCCACAGUACCUCGUCUCGUCCAGGGCUCCAGUCCACAGUACCUCGUCUCCUCCAGGACUCCAGUCCACAGUACCUCGUCUCCUCCAGGACUCCAGUCCACAGUACUUCGUCUCCUCCAGGACUCCAGUCCACAGUACCUCGUCUCCUCCAGGACUCCAGUCCACAGUACCUCGUCUCCUCAAGGACUCCAGUCCACAGUACCUUGUCUCCUCAAGGACUCCAAAAAGACAGUAUGGAGAAGAGCCAGUAUGGACCCCCGCAGGACGUGUCGGCUCCCCCCUACCCCGGCUUCCCAGCGGGCUACCAUGGAAGUGGGGGGGGAACAGCCUACCCCCCCCAGCCUGGCUUCCAGGGAGUAACCCAGGUGGUGAUACAGCAGCCGUUGCUAAGAGACGUACCCGGCCAGAUAACGUGUCCCCACUGUCAGGUCCCGGUUCUGACAGAGACCACACACACCCCUGGACUGCUCACCUGGCUCAUCUGUGGAUCACUCGGCUUCCUCCUGUGCUGGCCAUGCUGUUUGGUUCCGCUCUGUGUUGACUCCUGUAAGGACGUAGAACACCGCUGCCCCAACUGCAAGAGAGUGAUCCACAUCCACAAACGCAUGUGAACAGACCAAGAUGAGAC